AUGAAUACAAUUACACAACAAAGCGAUCCGUUAGCCACGACAAAAGACUUGUCUGGUCUCAAUUCUGAUCAGAUAAUCAAUAUUGAUGACUCUUACGAUCAAACGACCGGCACCAUCACCGAGUUUGAGAAACAAAAGACCGCGGAGGGAGAGGUAUACUUCCAACGACUCGGAUGGAAGCGUUUAGCUGUGAUUCUCGUUGUUGAGGCCAUUGGCCUAGGCGAGUUCAGCCUUCCAGGGGCCUUUGCUACUCUCGGCGUUAUCGCUGGAGUUUUCUAUUGCAUCUCUCUUGGUCUUAUGGCUGUCUAUACAGUAUGGAUUAUUGGGAAAGUUACGCUUAUGCUUAUGACCUCGUCUCAUGUCCUUAUGGGCACGAUCUCUUUUAACAUCUUGUCAGAUGAUGGCAUAUGUGGUCUCGUCUUUAGUGCCGUAUUGGGCGUUCUGCUGUUUAUUCUGGCUAUUAUGCCGUUGUUCACGGAAGCGGCCAUUCUAGGCUAUAUUGACCUCCUGUCCGUUAUGACAGCCAUCCUCGUAACAGUUAUUGCCUCCAGUGUUGAUGCUGCAAAUAAACCUGGUGGCUUAUCUGCUGCAGACUGGUCAGCUUGGCUGGACCCUAAUGCGACUUUUAAAGACGGUAUAGUGGCCAUUUGCAAUAUGCUCUUUGCAUACUGCUUUGCUCUAUAUAUAAUACUAUUUAUAUCUGAGAUAUAUAUACCUACAGACUUUAUAAAGUCAGUAUGGACUUUUAGUAUCCUUAAAAUCUUUAUCUAUACCCUUACCGGCAUACUUAUUUACACUUUUAUCAGCGUUUUACCCAAGGUAGCUUUUAGUUGGAUUACCUGGCUGCUGGUACUGUUCGGCAUUACCCUUUGCGCUUGGAUACUCAACAAGUCCAUCCCUUUUUUUAUUGAUUUGCUUUCGCUCAGCUCGGCUCUAUUUGUAUCUGGGUUUAUCUCAUAUUUCCCAGCAGAAACUUAUUGCAUGCUAUUGCACGCUAUUGCUUGUAUAUUUGUUUAUGCCUUUGGUAUUCUGGUUCUCAUCGGAGGGACAUAUGCGACCGCUAUGGAUAUUAAACAUCAUCACGAUACCGAUGCUUUCCGUGUACCUUUCUCUUGUGAACCAUAA